AUGUAUUAUUACUUUGUUGUAAUUGUAACAUUUGUUAGUUGCGUUUUGUACAAAUGUUAUAUUUAUCCUUUUUAUUUGUCUCCAUUACGUAAAAUUCCUGGGCCACCUUUUGAGAACUUGUUUAUUGGGAAUUAUGCAUCAUUUUUAAAAAAAGAGCCAGCUAAAGCUUUUAUUCAAUUAAAAAAACAAUAUGGAGGGAUCGUUCGAUAUCAUUCCUUAUUGAACCGACCCCAUAUCAUGAUUUCCGAUCCAAAACUUGUACAACAAGUUCUGGUUAACCGUUCAUACGACUUCUCAAAGUACUUUAACAGAGCUGUGAUCAGGGAGUUUUUCGGAAAUGGAAUUUUGAUUGCUGAAGGAGAUUCUCAUAAACGACAAAGAAAAUUGAUGACUCCUUCAUUCUCUUUUACCAAUAUCAAGGAAAUGUUUCCAACAUUUGUUCAAGCUAGCAAUAAAUUGAAAGAUAUUUGGAUGAAACAAAUUGGUGAUAAGAAAGAGGAAAGAAUUACAAUUACGGAUCUAAUUCCAAAGAUAACUUUAGAUGUUAUUGGUCUUGUUGCACAAGCAUAUAAAACAGUCUUUACUCGCAAUCCAUCACCUGCAUACAUGGCCCUUGUUGAAAUCUUACCGAUCGUCAGAAAAUUGCCAAUCCCUUCUAAUAAUGACCGUUAUAAGUCUGCUAAAAUCGUCAAUGAAGUUUCUGAAAGAUUAAUCGCCGAACAAAAAAAUAAUCCUGUUCAAGGAAAAGAUUUAUUGGCUUUAUUGGUAAAAUCAAACGAAAAAUUACCUGUUGAUGAACAAUUAACACAUGAUGAAUUGAUUGGUCAAGUUAUGACAUUGUUAAUAGGUGGACAUGAAACCACUAGUACAGCACUAUCUUGGGCAUUUUAUUUUCUCGCCAAAUAUCCUGAUGUUCAAGAUCGUCUUCGUACAGAAUUGUUUGAUGUAUUUACUGAUCGUGAUCAUCAACCAGCUCUAGAUGAAAUUGAUCAAUUGAAAUAUUUAGAAUGUAUUUUAAAGGAAACUUUAAGAAUCGUUCCACCUGUUCCAUCACUCCGUCGUUGUACUAUAAAGGAUGAAAUAAUGGAUGGAUACGUUAUUCCAAAGGGAACUCCAUUAGUGAUUCCUGUUUAUGCGAUCCAUCAUGAUCCCUUAAUUUGGGGUGAAGAUGCUGAAAGUUUUAAUCCAUCUCGGUGGCUUGACCCAGAAAUAAAAUCAAAAAUAUCAACCAGUACAUAUUUACCUUUUAGUGCUGGUCCGAAAAAUUGUAUAGGAAUGAAAAUUGCUCAACUUGAAUUUAAAUCUAUUUUAUCUAUACUUGUUAGAAAUUUUAAGUUUAAAAUAGUUGAAGGAUUUACCUUUAAAAUGAAACCUGUAGGUUUCCCUAAACCUAUUCCUGGAAUUGAUUUAUUGGUUUCAAAAGUUGAAGAUUAA